ACGACACACUCACUCGCACCGCUCCCUGGACAACUUUUUAUAAACGAAAUAAAGCGUGAUGAUGGCAGAAGAAAGUAGGGGCAAGCGAAGGAAACAAGCCAACCCCAGGAGGAAUCGAGUGGAUGCUGAGCAAGUGAGUUCACUGGGAUCUGAGGGGAAGGAUGAAGUGGGCCUGUGGAGCCUGGAGCCCCAGGACUGCCAGGAGAGCCUGGACAAGACAAGCCUGACACCUAGCGAGGGGACAGAGGAGCCUGGAAGCCCUGCUCGCUCCACGCGGCCACACAGCCUCAGCCUCAGCCCCAGUAGCAGGAACUACUGGCCGCAGGUGGAGCAGGAGGCCGAAGCUGCAGAAGACACCACCGCCGCAUCCGCCACUGACAGGGAGGGAGACCAGGAACCAUUGAGGAUGUACUGUAAGAACUCAGACUCUCCGAAUGCCUUUGAGGACCUGGCCCACUAUGAAUUUCUGGCCCAGUUGAGGAAGGCCUCUACCUCAACCAGUGUCUUGGACCAACUGAACCGCAAUGGCACGGCAGCAGUUUAUCACCUGGGCAGCAGACACGACGAGCUGCCACCUGCCAUCUGGUCACCCGGAGCUCAGCACUGCUCACCUGAGGGAGCAGACACGGAGCGGAGCCAGCAGGCCUGUCCAUUCUGCCACAGGAUGUAUCAGCGAGGAGCCUCUUUGAGGGACCACAUCAAGUACUGUCAGGAGAGGGAGGGGGGCCACAUGGUCUGUCCGCUCUGUGGAUACACUGCCACCCUUAGGGCACAGAUGGAGCGGCACCUGGCACUUCACAACCAAGUGCAGGACAAGAGUGUCAUCACUUUGGAUCAAGGCAUUGAGACCAGGAAGUUCAAAUGUCUGCAGUGUGGGAAAGCGUUCAAGUACAAACACCACCUCAAAGAGCAUCUCCGCAUCCACAGCGGUGAGAAACCUUACGAGUGCUCCAACUGCAAGAAACGUUUCUCUCAUUCUGGCUCCUACAGCUCCCACUUAAGCAGCAAAAAGUGCCUGAGUGGUGGAGGAAGUGGAAACACAGGAGGAGCCAGUUGUGCAUUUAAUGGACAUAGCCAAAGCUCCUACCACCACUCAUUUCCAACAUCUCCCUCUGCAGGCGUGGGGAGAAAAAGUACCGACAAGGGCUCUCCGUUGGCUUCACAGAUCCAAGAUCAUACUGGGCCUCUACGUCGAAUAGCAGAGGAUCCUCACCAGCUUUCACUGCAGGACGCCGACCACAACCCCGCAGGCUUCGCCAGAGCGUCAGACUUGGCUCGGCUUUGGGACCCCUCGGCAGAGCUCUCUCUGAGGGCCAGUAUACUAAAAGGGACCGCCCUGCUGCCUUAUCUGCACUCUGGGACCAAGUUUGAACAGAUGCUGCAGGAGAUGCUUCACAGGGAGGUGAAGAAAGAUGAGAAUAUGGACAGAGGAGGAGCAGCUGCAAUGGAGGAAAGGAAGGUGAUUUACAAUGGAGGAGGGCCUGACAAGAAGGUGUCGUCUGACGGGAGAAGAGAGGCAGUGAGGUCAGGUGAUGGGGAGAGAGGUGUGCUUGGGGUGACGUGUCGUUGGUGCUCCCAGCUUUUCCCCAACGUGGCGGUGCUCCUGCAGCAUGAGCGAUACCUCUGUAAAAUGAACCGAGAUGCAGUGGAGGUGCCUGAGGGUCUUCGCAGCAAAGACCACCCCUCGCCACCUUUAUUCUUUCCCAGAUCUGCUCUCCAAGCGGAGAACAGCAAACCGAGUGAGGUAACCAACGGGCUCUCUGUAAACAAGUCACCAUUACAGAAGCCCAGCUGGCACUCUAUACCGCAGCAGCUUUUGGUCGCAAUGCACUCUCCCCCACAGCCCCACCAUGAUGCCCUGUCCCCACGAGCAUACUGGUCUGUCCAGGAAAAGGGAAGUCCAAGGCAACUCAUCAACCACUCCCCAGAGAUGUCGUCACCUCGAGUCAGAAGAAGGGUUCCCUCUUCAGGAUUUGGUUCUCCGGUCUGCAUGGACCUCACCAGCUGUCCUCCUGAACUGACCUCCCCUCAGAACCAGACCAGCAGCCCUUGGUCUGCACAGAACGAGCCUCUGGACCUCUCCUUGCCCAAGCAGCUCUCAGACAACGAAGGGAGAAACAAAACUGUAAACGGAAACUCAGCCAAAGGAGAGAGGAGAGAGCACAGGACCCAGCAGCUUAGGAGACCAAGUCCAACUUCACAUCUCCCCCUUCACCACCACCCGGUCUAUAGUGGGGCCGGAGCUCCUAUGUUUCCAGGUUCCUUAUAUAGUGGCUUUCCUAUCUUCAACCAGUCUGGUUUAGGGCUUUCAGGACAUGACGGCAUCUCAGCGAUUCCAUUCAGCCAGCAAGCUAAUAGCCCUGGGUUUCUCUCUCCUAUGGCUUACAUGAUGGAUGCAGACACAGAGGUGACGAUGAAAAAGAUCCACCAGGAGAGACAAGCUCUUAUGGAUGAGGUGUUAAGCCGUGGAGCUCUAGACUACCUCUCUCUUAUGGAUGAAGGACUGGAGGGAGAAGGAGGACCAGGGAGGAAAAGACUGAAGAAGACUGAUGAGGGUCUUUACGCUUGUGACAUUUGUGAAAAAACCUUUCAGAAGAGCAGCUCUCUGCUCCGACACAAAUACGAGCACACAGGUAAACGUCCUCACGAGUGCAAGAUCUGCAAGAAGGCCUUCAAGCAUAAGCACCAUCUGAUUGAGCACAGCCGGCUGCACUCUGGAGAGAAACCCUACCAAUGUGACAAGUGUGGCAAACGCUUCUCUCACUCUGGCUCGUACUCCCAGCACAUGAACCACCGCUACGCCUACUGCAGCAAAGACCAGGAUCCAGACCAAGACCACGAGGAGAUGCCUCUCACUCCAGUGGCAGGCGGCAAUUUCGGGGGCCACCUCGCCAACGAGACCCCUCUGUCCAUGGAGGAUAGCCAAACCGCGCACUCCUUCCUCAGUGAUUCCAGUCUGGAUGGAGCUACAGAGGCCCUGAAGGAGGACGAAGAGGAGGAGGCUAAAGAGGCACGAGUUAGUGAUGGUCAUGUAGGAGAGGCACAUGCGAGUUUGUCAGGGGCAGCAGAGGAGCUCGGAGGUAGCCCCAUCCAAGGAUCACCUACAGGGGAGAAUGGAGUGCAAAAUGGUUACGAUGUGGAAAACCAUAUUGACACUGCAGAAAGACAAUUCUGGGGCCGAGACACUGAGGACCAGAAUGGAAACAAAUGUGAACCGAGCCUGGAUUUAACAGAUUUACCCAGAAUAAAAACUUAAGGACAGCUGAAAAACAUUUGGGUGACUCAUCUGUGGUCAUGUCACAUAUCCAGAUGUGACAUUGCAGAAAUCUGACUUUUUAUAAGCUUGCUGACUGUUGCACAACCCAUGAAGAAGAGGCCUUUGUAUUUUUAUGUCCAGUAUAUAGUUUACUUUGUUUGAAAUAUUUCGACUGUUCACAUAGAUGCACACCAGUAAGUGGGUUAUGAAACUAGGUCCCAUAGGAAAGAAUCCAUUGGAUGAAUGGAAAGACUACUGUGCACUGUAACAUGCCAUCAAAGUUUAAAUAUUAGAUGCAGCCAUAACAAUCAGAAUCGCUUGUUGCUCAAUUAGUAUAUUUAUUCUUCCUCGUGCGAGUAACAUUCAAUAUCCUGUGGUAUUAUUUCAUACAAAUCCUUACCUCUAUUUUAAGAAAUGAGCAAUAACUUGCUAAAACGUUGUACAUGAAAACACACACAUGCAGCUAUUACUUUGUCCCAAAGCCAGUGAAGGCUUGAGAAUAUAUGGAAGCACUCCUUUUAUCAUUCAUGCUGUGAAAUCACAAGGUACAACCAGCUCAUCUCUUCAGGUGAACUAUGGUGCUCCGUGGCUUUGCCUAAUCAGCAGUCUUUUUAGUAGUUUAGAGCAAGCAGUAAAAAGAGGAAGAACUGGAAGGUGAUUGUUUAUUUAUUUUUUAAACAAAAAGCAGUGGACUGUACCUUUUUAAUUGUAUGCCUUCCCUGGGGACAGCCAUUUCUGCAUCUCUGUAUGUUAUUAAAGGGGGUUAAAGUGAAGUCAGUCUUUGGGGGAGCAAUUACAACUUGCACUGUCUCACUGUUUGUGUAAUAAUCACACAGAGCUGCUUUGUUUUAUUUUAUGCUAAAAUAGCUCCUAUUUCUCGUAAUAAUUUACAUGUGCUACAACCUAUUUUUUCACACAUUUGGGCUGUCUGUUGAGGUCUGGCAAGAGGGCCAAGACUCAGGACACAUACAUCAGCUUUUAACUUCCUCUUUUUGACUGCAGUGUAGUCAACGUGAAAAGUGCCUCAGAUGUACUCAGACACUGUGAGUAAUGCGACAAAGCCUUGGUACGACGAGAUAAGACGGUGGUGCAUGAGGUGUGACUAAGCUUGUAGCAUUCAUGCAUACCGGGCGCAAAAGAAUUCUUAUACUGUGUGUGUGUGUGUGUGUGUGUGUGUGUGUGUGUGUGUGUGUGUGUGUGUGUGUGUGUGUGUGUGUUAUCACCAAAGAUAUGCAUAUGUGACACCAACUGCCACCCUACUCGUGCGUAGUUCCUUACCUGUUAUUUCUGGGACGGAAAAUAGGCAAGAAAUGGUUUACUUUCACUCAGCAUCUGCACCCUUUUUUAUAUCAACCAGUGUUUCUUUUUUUUAUCUUUUACUGGUACCCUUUGCAACUUUUGUAAUAACUUUUUUAUGUAUGUUUUUUGCAUGUUUGUGGAUAUUUGUAAUAAAAUUGUACAUACUUUGU